CCAAAAAUCGAAAUUCCAUCAAAGAAGCUUUUGAAAAAUUGGAACAGAACCAAAAAAAAAAAAAAAAAGAGAAAUGGCAACGAGAGGAGCUGCUGCUGCUGCAUCCACAAUAUGGAAGCACCGAAGAAACCCUUCUCUUCGAUCAUUAUCAAACCAUUUCAAUCCCAAUUUCAAUCACAGAAUCAUCCCAACCGGGUUUAAAUAUCAAGUUAGAGCGAUUCAAGGAACAAGUACUGAUCCUGUUAUUACACCAUUGAAGAACAGAGAUGAACCAAAACCACAAAAUUGGAAAAUCAAAAUGCUUUAUGAUGGAGAUUGCCCUCUCUGUAUGCGUGAGGUUAAUAUGCUUAUGGAAAGGAAUGAAAAACAUGGAACUAUAAAGUUCGUUGACAUAAGUUCAAAUGAUUAUUCUCCGGAAGAUAAUCAAGGGCUUGAUUACAAAACAGUAAUGGGGCAGAUUCAUGCUAUUCAAUCUGAUGGCAACGUCGUAACAGGUGUGGAGGCAUUUAGGAGAUUGUAUGAAGAAGUUGGACUUGGUUGGGUUUACACUAUCACCAAAUUUGAACCAAUAGGGAAGUUAGCAGAUGUUGUGUAUGAUGUAUGGGCUAAAUAUCGACUUCAAGUCACAGGGAGGCCAUCUUUAGAAGCUAUUCUUGAAGCAAGAAAGAAAGAUAAGGUAGAGACAUGUGGUGAAAGCAAGGACUGCAAGAUAUGAAUUUUCUUCAUACUCUUUGAAUUGUUACAAAACACCAAAACCAGUUUGGACUUACAAAUUUUCUUUAUGUGAGUGUGAGAAUUUGUAUAAAUAUGAUACAUAAGCUCCAUUACAUUAGCCAAAUCAUCCUGAUGAUACAUUUAUACACAUAAAUAUUUUCAGCAAAUUUUGAAA